AUGUCAACAAAAAGAUCGAGUAAUAAUCUUUUAUCCCAAUUGAUGGAAGAGGAAAAUGACAACAGCAAAGCUCACAGUCUUUCUAAAGAUGAAUACAGAAAACAAUCUUACAAGAGACUGAUUAAUGUCGACAAUAUACAGAGUUACAAGGCUAGAAUGGAUUCCACUAAAAUAUUAAAUGAGGAAGUAAGGGUUAACAAGCUUAUAGAGCAGGAGCAGGAUUUUGCCAAUGUCCACACAGCCAAGAGACAGUGUUUGCCCGAAGAGGGUUCUCAAUCUCAUAUUACCCAGUUGCGUGCCCGGAAUAAUCAACUGAACGCAUCAUCCUUCGAGCUCACAGAUGCUUUUUUAGAUACAAUUCUUCCAAAAGGAUACGUUAAGGUGGGCCCGCCAGAGCACCCAGGGGCUCCACCUGCAAGCGUUUCACUAUAUCUUCCACCAGAGCACCACCCAACUAUUGACUUAGAACUUGCUAGGGAUGCAGCCCCUGAAUAUGAAGGUAUUUCCAUGAAUCAGAUAGACAUAAAGCAUUUUUAUAUGCUAGUGCAAACAAGGGAAGAUGAACUACAAUACCUACAUGAAAAGCAGCGUUUCAAAGCCAUGGACGUAAUUUUCAAAGCGAAAAAGGGCCCACAGAAAACCAGGAAAAAAGCUAACAGAUGGAUAUCUGCUCACGUAAAUGAGCUUGGGCCCAAAGCGUUUUUUGGCGUGAUACUACCGCUAAUGCUCGAACCCGAUCUUGAUGAAAGCGAAAGACAUAUUUUGACAAAAAUUACAAAUCGGGCAGUGUAUAAUUUGGGUGAACAAAUCAGGCCCUUCACACUGAAAAUUGUCGCUGCUGUCAGCCCUCUAUUAAUUGAUGAAGACAUGACACUUCGUUUAGAGGCAAAGGAAACUAUUUCUACGAUCUCCAGAUCUGCAGGCUUGGCUAAUUUGGUCACAUCGCUUCGACCUGAUUUAGACAAUUCUGAGGAGUAUAUUAGAAACCUAACUGCCAGGGUGUUUGCAGUUGCAGCCACUACACUAGGCCUUACAAAGGUCCUUCCUUUCGUGAAAGCUGUGAUCAGGUCGAAGAAAUCUUCCCAAGCUCGUCAUACAGGUAUCAGAAUCAUUCAUCAUAUUUGUGUCAAUCUCGGAGGUGGCAAUGGGGCCACAUUAUUACCUCAUCUUCCGCAGAUUGUCGAGGUUCUACAACCGGGGCUUGAAGAUGAGCUUCUACCCGUAAGAAUUGCAACUGCGAAUACAGUGUCCUUACUUGCUGAAAAUGUACGCCCAUACGGUAUUGAAACAUUUGAGCCGAUUUUGGAGCCAAUUUGGAGCGGUUUAAAGCAUCACAGGGGUAGAGGUUUGGCUGCAUUCUUGAAGGCAAUGGGAUCUUUGGUCCCUUUAAUGGCCUACAAUAGCUCUUUCGAAGAAUAUUCCAACUACUACAUGCGUGAGCUCAUGCUAGUCAUGACGAGAGAGUUUAGAUCUCCCGACGAGGAUAUGAAGAAAGCUAUUUUACGCUCUCUCUUAAGCUUGCCAAUAUCGAAAGAAGUUUUUCCAAAUUUCAGAGAGCAAAUAUUGAUUCCUUUUUUUCAAAACUUUUGGACUAGAAAAGUGGCUCUGGACUCGAACCAGCUUUGCCGUCUCGUUGUUGACGCUACUAACAUGUUGUCCAAAAAAAUCAGUGUUAUAGAAGUUAUCGAGACACUCAGUCCUUUGGCUAAAAACGCCAACGAGAAUCUAAGAAGAAUGGCAGUUGAUGCAAUCCACAAAAUUGCUUCAAAUAGCCCAGAUGAAUUCAUAGAGCUUCAAGAACGCUCGACCGAUAGCUUGGUUGAUUCAGUCUUGUAUGCAUUUCAGGAGCAAACGCAACCGCAUCCAUCCUACUUAGCUGCUGUUUCUGUGGUAUGUAAAGUGCUCAAUAAUAGGAUUCGGUCUCAUAUGACCAUAAUAUUGAGUACUGUGCUUUUCAGAAUGAAAAAUAAGGAGCCCGAAACUCGCCUUCAAUCUGCGGACCUAGUUGCAGCAAUAGCCCCGGUAUUGAGCAAAUGUGCUGGAAAUGAUAACAGAACCAUGUUAAAGCUUAUUCUUUUUCUAUAUGAGUCGCUAGGUGAAGUAUAUCCCGAGGUUUUAGGCUCCUUAAUCGGUGCCCUUUAUGCAUGUUUGAAUACCUUUGAUACUGAAGGUUUGUCACUGAUCGAUAAUCCCUCGAUGAAUAUGCUUUUACCUAGCUUAACUCCGAUAUUAAAGAACCGCCACGAGAAGGUCCAAGAGAACUGUGUUAAAUUAGUUGGCCUUAUCGCUCGUAAAAGUGCUGACUCUAUAAAUGCCAAAGAAUGGAUGAGAGUAUGCUUUGAUCUUCUAGACAUGUUGAAGAGUCAGCGAAAAAGGAUUCGGGUGGCAUCCAAUGCUACUUUUGGCUUUAUAGCUAGUGCAAUAGGGCCUCAAGAUGUAUUGGCAACUUUACUUAACAAUCUUAGAGUUCAAGAACGUCAGCUCCGAGUCUGUACAGCGGUAGCUAUUGGUAUAGUGGCAGAUACAUGUGUUCCCUUCACUGUACUCCCAGCCUUGAUGAACGAAUACAGGGUUCCGGACAAGAAUGUUCAGAAUGGCGUUUUGAAAUCCCUUAGCUUUAUGUUUGAGUACAUCAAUGGCUCUCUGAGCAAAGACUACCUUCACGCCAUAACCCCUUUACUUGAAAAUGCAUUGACAGAUAGAGACCAAGUCCACAGACAGACUGCGGCGACUGUUGUUCGACAUUUGGCGCUUAACUGUGCCGGCCAUGUUCAUGACGAAUUUAUCGGCACUUUCAUUCAUUUCUUGAAUCUUCUUUUGCCGAACGUUUACGAGCUUUCUCCACAUGUUAUUAUUAGGAUUUUGGAAUGUGUCGAUGCACUUAGGCUAAUACUUGGUCCUGGAAUUUUCCUCAAUUACAUUUGGACUGGUCUUUUCCACGCUGCCCGGAAAGUUCGAUCACCGUUUUGGAAGAUCUACAAUACUGCUUAUAUCCAGAGUUGUGAUGCAUUAGUACCGUGCUAUCCUCGUGUUGAUCGCUUACAGGAUAGUUUGACCUCCUACAACGUUAAAGAACUCGAUGUAUGGAUAUAA